GUUUGAACAGACAUGAAGGUGUGAUGUUAGAUGACGCAUAGGAAAUCCUGAUUAAUUAAUAAAUAAGAAUGGAUAUGUAUCACUAACUAAUAAUACUUGGUCAAAGUUUCCCGACUGUCUAUAUCUACUUAUGGAGACGUUAAGACAUUGUUUUACAACUGUUUAUCCGCACACACACACACACACACAUACACACUGUGUUUAAAGUGUUUAACAAAGGUAGAUCAAUAUUUGUAAGUCUGAGGUCAAAUUUUGAUCACAACUCGUACAAUUUUGUUUAUUAUACUUGUUAAUAUUUGUUUUAUAAAUCAUGAUUGGACAAAGUUUUUUAAAAACUAAAGAUGUUCCUUUUAUAUAUAAACCUGUUAUGUUAAUUUCGAUUAAUUUCCCUGAAGAAGUUCGGACCAGAUUGCCGAACGAAACGUUGGAAUUACUCAUUUCAAUAUCGCUGAGAUUUUACAAAUAUAAUUUUUUACAAAUGUCUACUUCUCACUCGGCGCCCAAAUAUUAUAGAACUAUUCUGUCAAAUCUUGACUACAGUUCAUUUGAUUUAUUUUGUAAUCGAAUUAAAUUAACAAAGAAACUAUGUAAUUGGCACAAUCAUCGUGUUUCCACUCUCCGUUGUCUGCAGCAGAAUGCGUAUCCUAAAUUCGUAGCUGUCCAGUCACCUGACAACUUCAGUAGGUCGAAUAAAGCAGCUCAAUUUUCAGAAAGAAGACAAAGUAAUAAGUUUGACGGGGUUGUUCAACUAAACUCUAAUCCUAAACACCAUAAUUUCGAAAAUACGUCUAAUCAUAAAAUUCUAGAUACUAACAGUUUGAACAGACAUGAAGGUGUGAUGUUAGAUGACGCAUAGGAAAUCCUGAUUAAUUAAUAAAUAAGAAUGGAUAUGUAUCACUAACUAAUAAUACUUGGUCAAAGUUUCCCGACUGUCUAUAUCUACUUAUGGAGACGUUAAGACAUUGUUUUACAACUGUUUAUCCGCACACACACACACACACAUACACACUGUGUUUAAAGUGUUUAA